AUGGCAGUGGCGACGGCGACGGCGACGGAGCUGGUGCUGCCCAACUGCCGGCUGGUCGAGGCGUGGCGGCAGUCGGAUCAGGCGUUAUCGCCGCAGCAGGCGCAGGAUGCCGUGCGGCAGGUGACUCGACGGUUGGGGGAGAUUGACCCCAUGCUAGCGCACAUGCUGGCUGCCAAUCUGGUGCGGAAUGAGCGUCGCAACUUCAUCAACCUUCGGUUUCGCCGCGGGCGCUUCAAGCUCCUCUUCCGUCGUCGGUUACCAGAGCAGCGUGGCUUUAUCUGCUUCUUCCUCUGUGACAACUUCCAACCCAUGGUGGAGGUCUGUGUGCUUGAUCCCGCCCGCGGUGAACUGCCGAUGUGGGCCGAUGUGCCUCGGGAUGAGCUGCACGCGGCGCUCGCUACCUUUCAGCAACAGCAUCUCCAAACCUCCCAGCACCCUUUGAGCUUCCUGACCGCCCCGCACCCGGAUGCCCCCCGAUAUCCCAGCCUUGAUGCGCUCAUGGCAGCGCCGGCCGCCAGCCAACCCGAUGCUCGCUUCUCGGUCUUUAUAGACAUUGGUCUGGCUGCGCUUCGCCUUCACAUUAAGCUUCUCCAGCUUGUUUCCUUGUCAGACGUGCAGACCGCCAGCUCCAUGGCCCACACCGUACCCCUCGAGCGCCUGCGGCGCCAGCUGCGGGGACUUAACCCUUUACUUGGUCACAUGGUCUUUACACGCGAGGUGGUCCAAAUACAGCCCCGCUUCCUAGCCACCGUCUUUGUCCAGGAACUCGAGGGUGACGUGUACGAGUUUCAUCUCUCGGAAAAGAUUGAACCGUACGUCAUCAUCAUUGUCAUCAACCCCUACGCUGGCAAGCUUGCCUGGCUCAAUCGCCAGCAAGUGGCCUGUCUGGAGCGAAGCAUUGAUGCCUUCAAGCGCAAGUACGGGAUUCAUGCUGAAGCCUAUCACUAUACGUCCUUGCGGGAGCGUCAGGCCACCGAUGCUUUUGUGCGUGCCGGCCAUGCUCCGCGCACGAGCAAGGCCCACUCCUCCGAUUUUCAUCUCAAGAUGCGCGUGGCCACCGCCAUGCUUCGCGAUCGCCUCCCCGCCCUCUCCCUCUUCGACCUGGACAAAGCCCGACGUGAGGUCGAGCCCAUAACCUACAACUUUAGUCGUGACAAUGUCGGUUGGCCCGACAUCAAGGCGGUUCUUCUCACCGAGGUGGAUGGUAAUGGACCAGAUUGUGCGGAUGGCAAAAAUGAUGACCCACAGAAACAAGAGUCGGGUUACCACUUUGAGCUGCCACGUAUGGAAAAGGAGAUGUUGAAGACAGGACGACGAAUGAGCAUUGAAGAAAGGCCUGAAGCUGACAGUGACGAGGUUCAGGGCCGAUGA